CGACGUAGGACGGCAGCCUCUCCUCCACCCGAAGCUCCAUCUCGAGAUCCUGUUGUUUUUGCCAUUUUAAACCGCCCAUCAGCGUCACAACGUGCGCACUUGCUCUCUCCGCUGCGCGCACAAAGCAGUCCUAAGCAGAAAUAAGCAGCAACCGUCGGCGUCAACCACGCAACCACGCAACCACGGACCGACAACUGCGUACAGGUGCCACGCCGUGUCUCAGGGCGACUCGCGUGUCUGAGUGUCCAGCAUUCCGCAGACCCAUCGCCAACUGCCUGCCCUCAAAACCAGCCGGUCGUCCCGAUGGACGGACCACACACUCCCGGGAGGGGAGCUCCUCCCGACUACAGCCUCCCCGGCUACGACGAUGACCUCUCCGCACUAAGUGGCAACGGCGCCGCUGUCCGACUGUUGACCUCGGUCGACGACCCCAUAUUAGAUAACAGACAUACCCGGUCGAGAGGACGCUCCUACCAGCCCUCAGUCAGCUCAUCGCACUCGCGACGAUCCUCGAUUCUUAACCCGCCCAACAUGGCACCACCAGACACUAGGUCGUACGUCUCAGGGUCGUAUAUCUCAUACGGGAGCGGGGCAAGCCCGACCAGGCCAUGGACACCCUCCCACGUCAGCAGCGCCUACGCCCCGGACGACUAUCGGCGCCCGGCGGACAGAGCGCCACAGUACGAGCCGGCGGACCUCAACGGCAGCCCUCGCCCAGGCACGCCUUCAUCGCUGUACGGCGGAAGCCCUAGGCGGCCGCUGCCACCAGCACCGCUGUUCUCAAACGGCAUGCGGUCGUCAGCUUUCGUUGACGACGCCACCGUUUCCAUCCCGCUGUCUGACGUAGAUGACGUGUUCGGGCCUGGCGAGUCGGACGUCAGCGACGCGCGCACGCAAUACUACCAGGAUCAUCGCGGGUCGUACGCUGGGCAUUCGCAGGUCACGCUCAACGACGGCGAUAGCCUGGACGACGAACACGUGCGCGAAGGCUUCAGCACGGUCAGCGGCAGUGGAAUGGGCGGCGACGGGAUGCGCGGCGGUGGCCACGACGGCCAGUUCAGCGAGAAGCACUACGGGCCGGCGCCCGAGGGCAAGCAGGAGCGCCGUGGCGUGCGCGAUGUGCAGACGAGCCGCAAGGAGGUACAGCUCAUCAACGGCGAGCUGGUGCUGGAGUGCAAGAUCCCGACCAUCCUGUACAGCUUCCUGCCGCGGCGCGACGAGAUCGAGUUCACACAUAUGCGCUACACGGCCGUGACCUGCGACCCCGACGACUUCGUGGAGCGCGGGUACAAGCUACGCCAGAGCAUCGGGCGCACCACGCGCGAGACGGAGCUGUUUGUGUGCAUCACCAUGUACAACGAGAACGAGUACGACUUUACGCGCACCAUGCACGCCGUCAUGAAGAACAUCACCCACUUCUGCAAGCGCUCCAAGUCGCGCACCUGGGGCGAGAACGGUUGGCAGAAGAUCGUCGUCUGCGUCGUGUCGGACGGUCGCGAGAAGAUCCACCCACGCACACUCGAUGCCCUCGCCGCCAUGGGCGUCUACCAGCACGGCAUCGCCAAGAACUACGUCAACCAAAAGACGUGUCUCUCUCCAGACACGAUGGUCCGCACCACCAAUGGUGACAAGGCCAUCCGAGACAUCGUCGUAGGAGACCAGCUCUUCGACCACGAGGACCGACCUGUCCAGUGCCUAGCUGCUAAGGCUAUUCAGACCUCCCGCAUGAUGAAGAUUACCUACACCGGGUACAACAGCGUCAGCAAGUCGUCCUUUACCUGUACGCCGGACCACAUCAUGACCCUGGUGGCUUAUGGUGUCAAGCCCUUCAAGCAUUCGAGCACCGCGUCCAGGCCAUCGAACGGCAAACGAGUUACGUGGUGGACUCGUUGCGAUCGAACCGAGCUUGAGGUCGAUGCGGUUGAGAUCAAGUGGGAUGCAGCCAUGCAUGAUCUGUAUACCGAGUACCGCGAGCAGCUUGGACGCCUUCCAACUGAUGGUGAGGUCCGCGAGUACCUGAAGGCCAUCACGUCCACGAAGGUCAUCCCCGAUUCCGAAGAUGAUGUCUCUGAUGACCCCCAGAGGGUUACGAAGACAAAUCAGAGUCCUGUUCUCAUCAAGCUGCUGGCCAAGCUCAAAGCUAUGGAUGUGAGCGUCGACGAUGAGGAUGAAUCGGUAGUGUUGAUGCUGCUACAGCAGCACAUGGAGGACUAUCUUGAGCACAUGAUACCUGAGCCAGAGGAUAUCCCUGAGGAGGAGGACGACGACUUGAUCAUCGAUCUUGAUGCCAACCGGAAGAGAAAGAUUGUCACUAUCAGCACGCUGUCUUCCCGCACCUCGGCCAAGACUUUCCGCCAGUCUCCUUCUAUCAGGUCGUUUCCUGUUAGGGCCCGACAGGAGCCUCAAAACGAGGCCUCACAGUCGACCGUGUCGACGUACGCGUCUGUACUCUCUGAGGACGACCACAGGGAGAUGUUCGCCUCUGUCCGGGCCAAGCUCGCAGUGCGCGAUCCGAGGUCCAAGUGUCAGAAUCUGUCCUGCAAGGGUCUUCGGAGGGUGUCGGCUCUCUUCGAAACCCCAGAGCAAGCCGACCUCGCUCUUCAGCUGCUAUCAGGAGAUCACUACCGUGUGGUUGACCCCUGCGCCGUCCGGGACAUGGAGGUGUUCACGAUGACGCUGGAGGAGUAUCAGGCAACCUGCACGGCUCCGAUGACGCAGCAUAUGAGCAAGCUGAGACUAUAUCGGUCACCCCUGAGGUUCCAGCCGUAUCAGGGUCCAGUGUCACCUGUCCCAAUCGACCCCUUUUGGUUUGGUUUCUGGCUUGGUGAUGGCACUAAGAACAGCGCUGAGAUCACCAGCACGGAUCCGGAGGUCGAGGUCUACACGCAGGCACUGGUCGACCGCCUGAACCGUGAUAGCAAACCUCCUGGAAAAGCGCCUCUCAAAGUCUCCAAGUACAAGAUCGACAUCGGCACAAAACACGUCUACAAGGGAGAAGAAGUCAAGUCAACCAAGGUCGCUCAUCGUUUGCGUGUUAUGAGCACUGCAAACAACCUUGGCAAGACACACUGGAACCCUGUUCACGAUGGCCUCAAAGAACUCGGCCUGCUGGGAGACAAGAGCGGUGGCAUCCCCGACUGCUACAUGAACGCGGACGAGAAUACGCGCCUGGCUGUUCUCGCAGGCCUCAUCGAAUCCGACGGAUGGCUUUCUCACGGCCUCAACUGUUAUGGCUUUGUCCAGUACACCUACGAGCACAAGAAGCUUGUCGAGGACGCCCGCAAGCUGGCCCUCUCCUGUGGGAUCCAGUGUAACCCUAUUAUCGAACGGGCGAAUUCUAAGGACCGCCCUGAGCCUGGCUGGUUCUUUUACAUGGGCAGAGGGGUGGAGAAGUUCCAGCCUCACCUCAUCCUCCAUCGAAAGCGCAUGAAGAUCCCGUUCAACACGUUUAAGAACAGGGACGUGCGGCCCUUUGACGUCGAGGACGCCGGCGAUGGCGAGUUCCGUCUCAUCGAGGUCUCGGGAGAGCUCUUCCAGCUUGCAGAUCGCACCGUGGUUCAUAACUGCACGGCGCACGUUUACGAAUACACUACCCAGGUCUCUCUCGACUCGGACCUCAAGUUCAAGGGCGCCGAGAAGGGUAUCGUGCCGUGCCAGAUGAUCUUUUGUCUCAAGGAGCGCAACCAGCGCAAGCUCAACUCGCACCGCUGGUUCUUCAACGCAUUUGGCAAGGCUCUGAACCCCAACGUUUGCAUCCUGCUCGAUGUCGGCACCCGCCCCGGCAGCAACUCGCUAUACCACCUGUGGAAGGCCUUCGAUACCGACUCCAACGUGGCGGGCGCUUGCGGCGAGAUUACUGCAAUGAAAGGAAAAUGGGGAGUUAACCUGCUCAACCCGCUGGUGGCGUCGCAAAACUUCGAGUACAAAAUGUCAAACAUCCUGGACAAGCCCCUCGAGUCCGUCUUUGGCUACAUCACGGUGCUCCCCGGAGCGCUGAGUGCGUACCGCUACCACGCUCUACAGAACGACUCGACCGGUCACGGCCCUCUCAGCCAGUACUUUAAGGGUGAGACACUGCAUGGUCAACACGCGGAUGUCUUUACAGCCAACAUGUACCUGGCCGAGGAUCGUAUCCUCUGCUGGGAGCUAGUGGCCAAGCGGGACGAGAGAUGGGUUUUGAAAUAUGUCAAGGGCUGCACCGGAGAGACUGAUGUGCCAGACACUGUCCCUGAAUUCAUCUCGCAGCGACGUCGUUGGCUCAACGGCGCCUUCUUCGCUGCCAUCUACUCGCUCGUCCACUUUCGCCAGAUUUGGGCCACAGACCACACGAUAGCUCGCAAGGUUCUGCUUCAUAUCGAGUUCAUCUACCAGCUCCUCAACGUCCUGUUUACUUACUUCUCGCUCGCCAACUUCUACCUGACUUUCUACUUCGUCGCCGGUGGUCUAGCUGAUGAUCGGAUCGACCCCUUCGGCAACCACAUCGGCCUCUACAUCUUUACCAUACUGCGCUACACCCUGGUUCUUCUCAUCUGCUCCCAGUUCAUCCUCUCGCUGGGCAACAGACCGCAGGGCGCCAAGAGGCCCUACAUGGCCUCCUUGAUCAUUCUUAGCAUCGUCAUGGUUUACACUACUUUUGCCACCUUCUACAUUGUGGUCAAGCAGCUCACGGACCCGGACAACAAGGACGACCUGAGGAUGGGUAACAACGUCUUCACCAACCUGAUCGUGUCCAUGGCCUCGACCAUCGGCCUCUAUUUCCUCAUGUCCUUCAUGUACCUGGAUCCAUGGCACAUGUUCACGUCGACGGCCCAGUACUUCCUGCUGCUCCCCUUCUACCUCUGCACGCUCCAGGUCUACGCCUUCUGCAACACGCACGACGUCACAUGGGGAACCAAGGGCGACAACGUCAUCAAGACGGACCUCGGCGGCGCCGUCGGCAAGGGCUCGACGGUCGAGCUCGAGAUGCCGUCGGAGCAGCUCGACAUCGACAGCGGCUACGACGAGGCGCUCCGCAACCUCCGCGACCGCAUCGAGGUGCCGCCCUCGCCGCCGUCGGAGGCGCAGAUGCAGGAGGACUACUACAAGUCGGUGCGCACCUACAUGGUGGUGUCGUGGAUGAUCGCCAACGGCAUCCUGGCCAUGGCCGUGAGCGAGACGUACAGCGCAAAGGCCAUCGGCGACAACUACUACCUGCGCUUCAUCCUCUGGAGCGUCGCCGCCCUCGCCCUCUUCCGCGCCCUCGGCAGCACCACCUUUGCCAUCAUCAACGUCGUCAACAUGGCCGUCGAGGGCCGCGUCCGCCUGAGCCUCAAGCUGCCGCCCUGGCUCGGCGGCUCCCGCGGCUCCGGCAGCCGCAUCGGCGCCAGCAGCGUCCUGGGCGGCGGCAGCGCCGUCAGCAGCGGCAUCAGCACCGGCAAGACUUGGAUCAGCGACAAGUGGAAAAAGCUGCGCCGGUGAAGCCGGGCUUGUCAAAGCAACAAAAGUCCUCUUUUAUGAGCAUGAUAGCGUCUGGCCUCUGAUUUUUGCCCCUAGUUUUCGGUCACAUCUGUUUGCGUCUCACGUCAUGUCAUGUAGGUUUUAUGCCUUGUUUUGUUUUUCACCCUGUUUUUUUUUCACUUUUAAUGGCGUCAGGUUGGCGUUCAGCGCGGGAAAUGUAUUCGAUACCACGGCUUUUUUUUCUUGUCCAAGCUAAUCGCAACCCCCUGACAAAGUGGUGUGCCACUGACGGGGGAUUUGGGAAUGAUCAAACGGGAAUAUAUCUGAUGAAUGGGGGCUUGGGUGGAUUAAUCUGGUUUAUUGUUUUCAUUGUUAUGCACCGGGACUCGCGAGUGCGUGCGAGAGAAGCGUCGUGUUGGGUUGGCAGACAACCGAGGCGAACCCACCAAGUGGGCAACUCAAACUUGUUAGACAGAUAGAACAAGGGAAACAAAAGAGGCCUUCCCUAGGCAACGAUCGAUUUAUUCUUCGUCAUGUUGUAUUGACC